CACAGAGAAGAUAAUAAAAAACGGACUGCGAGCGUCAUUAACAACGCAGAGGUAUUGACAAGGGGCACUGCGUGUUACGAAGACCCAACUAUCAGCGUAGGGGGACGGCUCUUCAGGAGGGAGUCACCUCUUCUUCAUUCACAUCUUCCCUCCGGGGCGUGGAGUGAAUUUAGCGUGCAUGCUAACACUAGCUGAAAAAGGAAUUUUAACUCUAGGCUUUUCUAGACCAGAGACCUGCAACAUCCUCCUCUAAAACUAGAACGACCUCAGUGCUGGUGGAUAACCCCCUCCGAAGCACACCUAGUGAAUUUGACCUGACGGUGGAUACUACAUCUUCCAUCCAGACAGCAAACCAAAGCAAAGCAUUUCUAUUGUUCCUUUUUAAACGAUUAAAGCUUACGUUUGACUUUCCAUUCCUUUUUUGUGAGUAUUUGUAUAGCUGUGAGCUUAACUUCCAAGAGAAUUUUUUUUUUAAGUAAAAAUGGCUCCUGGAAUGGAAGCAGUGGACAUUGCUGUGGUAGCACUAUAUUUUGUCCUGGUGCUAGCCAUUGGGUUUUUUUCUAUGUGGAAAGCCAAUCGCAGCACUGUGAGUGGCUACUUCCUGGCUGGACGCUCCAUGACAUGGAUAGUGAUCGGUGCAUCGCUCUUCGUCAGCAACAUUGGCAGUGAACACUUCAUUGGUCUGGCUGGGUCAGGAGCAGCAAGUGGCUUUGCUGUUGGAGCAUGGGAAUUUAAUGCACUUCUACUUCUUCAGCUGCUUGGCUGGGUCUUUAUCCCUGUGUACAUACACUCGGGGGUCUACACCAUGCCUGAGUACCUGUCGAAACGCUUUGGUGGAAAAAGGCUAAAGGUUUACUUUGCUCUUUUGUCUAUUUUACUUUACAUUUUUACCAAGCUGUCUGUGGACUUGUAUGCUGGGGCUCUCUUCAUUCAGGAGUCCCUGGGGUGGAACCUAUAUGUGUCCAUCGUCCUGCUCAUCAGUAUGACUGCACUGCUCACUGUCACUGGUGGAUUGGUGGCAGUACUCUACACAGAUGCACUUCAGGCAGUGUUGAUGAUUGGUGGAGCCCUAACCUUAACUAUCAUCAGCCUAGUCAAAGUUGGUGGACUAGAAGGUGUCCGAACUAAGUACAUGCAGGCAGUUCCCAAUGUCACUGCUAUAAUGGCUACUGGAAAUUACACCUAUUCUCCUUCCUGCCGAAUUGAGCCGAAACCGAACUCACUACGCAUUCUUCGAGGUCCCCUAGAUGAAGACAUCCCAUGGCCUGGCUUCAUUCUUGGCCAGACCCCUGCAUCUAUUUGGUACUGGUGUGCAGACCAGGUCAUUGUUCAGAGAGUACUGGCUGCAAAGAACCUUGCUCAUGCUAAGGGCUCUACGCUCAUGGCCGGUUUCCUCAAGAUCCUGCCCAUGUUCAUAAUAGUCAUUCCAGGAAUGAUCUCCCGCAUCAUGUUUGCUGACGAGCUCGCCUGCAUUGGUCCAGAGCACUGCAUGGCCGUGUGUGGUUCUCAGGCCGGCUGCUCAAACAUUGCCUACCCUCGCCUGGUCAUGGCAGUGAUGCCUGUUGGCCUCAGGGGUCUGAUGAUGGCUGUCAUGAUCGCUGCCCUGAUGAGUGAUCUAGACUCAAUCUUCAACAGUGCAAGCACCAUCUUCACACUGGACAUCUACAAAAAUGCUCGCAGUGAGGCGUGUCAGCGUGAGCUGCUGAUUGUGGGCCGCGUGUUUGUUGUGAUCAUGGUGGUAAUCAGCAUUGCCUGGGUCCCUGUUAUUAUUGAAAUGCAAGGUGGACAGACAUACCUCUACAUCCAGGAAGUUGCUGGCUACCUCACUCCACCAAUUGCUGCCCUCUUCCUGUUAGGUGUGUUCUGGACACGGUGUAAUGAGAUCGGCGCAUUUUGUGGAGGCAUGACAGGUUUCACACUUGGUGCCCUUCGACUGAUCCUAGCUUUUAUCUACCGCCAGCCUCGCUGUGACCAGCCGGAUGAUAGGCCUUCCUUCAUCGUUAAGGUUCACUACAUGUAUUUUGCCGCUGGGCUGUUCUGGAUUUCAGGCUUGGUUGCAGUGGUGGUCAGCCUCUUAACCUCCCCACCUGAUGAGGAACGAGUUCGUACCACCACAUUCUGGGGGCUCCGCAACAUUAAAAUGGUUCCCACAAAGGACAGAAUGGAAACGUACAGGCUGACUGAAAAGAGUCAUUAUAAUGGGGAUGGAAUACACCAUAAGGAAAUGCCCCCAGAUGUCAGAAAGGAGAUGCGUUUGGAUGGGGCAGAUGUGAAACUCCUGGUCCCAACCACUGACCAUGAUCCAGCAACCCCAAGUACGGAAACUUCCCCUGCCACCACCCCUGCAGAGCGAUUUGGUAAUGGAAAGAUGACCAGAGAGGAAAGGGAGACUAGAGGGUGUAUGCGGUUACUGCAUUGGUUUUGUGGAUAUAAGGACGAUGCACAGAGCGCUCAGCAAAAAGUACAUCAGGAGGAUGAGACAGUCAUUGCACAGAUGCUGUACGAGCCACCUAGAAUAAAAAUUCUCCUCAACGUGGUUCUGCUGUGUGUCUGCUGUGUGGGCAUCUUCAUGUUUAUUUAUUUCUCACUGUAGCUGAACUCUGCACUAAACUAAUGGGGACUGGUAUGGGGUCUAUUAUUAAGGUGGAGGUUAUAUGGGGGUUGGGGGCUGUUACAAACGAACAGUUAAAUUUUCAAAGAUUUGAGAAGCUCUGUCUGUAAUGUUUACAGUUGUCUUUUGUAGCUCUCUAACAGGGAUCUUAUUCUAAUCAUUUAUUUGAAAUGAUUAAAGCUUCUCCACAUGAAACUAAUACUCCUUAAUGACUAUGAAGCUUAUUUGGCACUUGCGUGACCAUUUUGUACAGCGCUUAUUGUUAAUCCUACAUUCGGAACCUGUACUGUUUUUUUAAAUUGUUUUUUUAAACUGUUGUACUCUUAGUGAAGUUAAUGUUUGCCUCAUUUGACAAAAGCACUUGUUUUGUUGUUUGGUAAAAAGAAAAAAAAGUAUUCUGUGAUAAUUUUCUCUUUUUUUUCUCCUGUUAUCCAUGAUGGACUUAGUUGCUUGUAUCGCAUACAUAUGUCCAUAGUAAAAAGUAUUAGGGAUGCACAAUAUAGAUCUUUUUUAACCGAUAAGACAUUUUUGUCCUGUCAAUAAAUCUGAGGGUAAAAAACAUUGAGGUGUAGUGAUACUGGGUUAUUGGCUGAUAAUGUAUUGGCAAUAAUUUUGUUAUUGGAAUAAUGCAUAAUGCAUGUUCAGUUAUUGGCCUGAUAUAAAUUGUGCAUCCCUAAAACGAUUCUGGCUUAUAGGCCAUCAUAGUUUUGUACAAGUAUCUGCUGCUGAUCAUAUUAUAACUGCAUCAGUUUAACAGAAAUUUAAGUAUGUGUCACUGUUUGAUUUUAAUUUGCCCUCAAAUUUAAUUUGAAGGUUGCCAGCAAAUUACCUACUACCCAUUAUGUUUUGCUGGAGAGAGAUUAGGUAGAAAUGAUAGUGCUCUCUUUGUUAAUGGGACCAUUAUGAAGUUUGUAAAACAAAGAGUUAAUUUUAAGUGCUAAGAAGCACUGCUUCUCUGCUGCUGUUAAGACCAUUAUGUUUAUGGUAAUUAUCAAAAUCACUUGUUUGAUUUAAUGUACUCAAGACAUUGCAUCAAGCUUACAGCAAAUAUGUGGUAGCACAGGAAAUGAAGAGAAGUAGCACAACAUUAGAAUAUUUGUUCUUUUUUAUCUUAAGUAAAUAAAUAAACUUAAUAUAUUAGGGUACUUAUUCAAUUUGAUUGGCUGUUCAAUUUGUCGUCUCUCUUGACUAGAUCUCAUUCACAACAGCAGCUGCAUUGCUAUUUAAAAAUGUUUUAUAUAUAUAUAGCUAGUAUAUAUAUUUAUAAAUACAAUUUAUGCACUAGUAUUGUAUCAACAAUAAGCCACAAGUACCAAUGCUCAUGAUUCUGUAUCGCUUUCUGUUUUAUGUAUAUCUCAUUUUAUGUUGCAUUAUGUUAACAUCAUGUACAAUAUAAUUCAGGGCUCACUGGAUCACUCACAAUAUACAUAUCCUCUAUAGCAGGCCAUUUGUUGUGUAUCUACUGUGUUGUCAAUGUAUUUCAGUGCACUAUAUAAUCUUGUUUCAAGUACAUCUUUUAUAAACAUCCUACCAAAUGUGUCUUAGUGUGCAAGAAAAAAGAAAAUAAAGUAAAAAUAAUUCAGUUUUACGUCCUGAAAAUGUUGUGCAGUGCCAUGUGAUCAAUCAGCUUUGUCAUGUACAUUUUUAGUUUAUACAUUGGCAUUUUAAAGUUACUGGCCUUCUGGAUUGUGGUCAUUAUUUCUGUAUCGUAAGGUGUCCAGAUGUCAACACACCCAGAGUACAAAAAAACAAAGAAAAGAUUUGUGUGUUUAUAUGUAUUUUGGAACAACAAUGUUGAAUGACCUCAGUCUAAAACGUCGGUGACCUAAUGGUGACAGGCCAAUCCUUAUUAAUGUCAGGCAUAAAUGAUGCAUAACACAAGGAUGAUUAAUGACUGAUGAAUGCUGUAUGGGAAAGAGCUUUAAAACCUUUUUCUUUCUUUCUGAGAGAAAUAUGUUGUUAUUUUUAUGGAUUUUAUUUUUUAGACAACUGAAAAUAAAGAUUCUGCUAAGACAAAGA